AUGACUGAUGGUUUGACUUUCUGCCACGCAUUCGCAACCCCCCGCCGCCCCCUUGCCCAUCGCCAGCUGGCAGCUUUUGCAGAUGUUGAGGCGUGGAUCCAGGUGGCCUGCCCCCGACUCUCUGUGGACUGGGGGCAUUUCUUCGACAAAGUGCGUGAUAAGUGAAAGAAGAUACCAAGAUAAUGUGUUGCACCGAAGAGAGCAUUACACGUGGUUUUGAGCAUAGUUCCAAGUGUGCUCAGAAUUCUGCUCUGUUCAGCAAAUAUUGGAUUUUCUAUUUCCAACGUUGAAUGCCUUGUUCGUGUUCCAUCUUGUUAGCGGAAAGGUGGUCCACUUAUGUUUAUGCGUACGGUGCGCGUGUGUGCUGCCGUGUGCAUCAAUUCACAAGCAUCAUUGGUCGCUCCGGCGCUCCGGCGAUGAAGGUACCGGAUGACCGGAUACUCGUAAAUCUUUCCUAACACCCCGAACCCACUGACGGCGUCUGUUUUUUGGCGUCAUUGUCC